AUGCUCUGGCUCGACAUCCUCGUAUCCCCAUACACUCUUUUGUGGGCAAAAGUGUUGGACUACCUUCAGAUGACAGUGGAGAAGCUUGCCAUUUCUCAAAGCCCCUUUCUCUUAGAUGCCAUUGGUGCGCUCGGCGGCGUCUGCACCGGGCUCGCUCUUGUGGAUGCUGUUGCAGCGCUGAAAGAUAUGCUUGCCUCCUUUCCUCCGCAUAUAGGAAAGAUGAGGACUGCCUUGCUGGCAGAUAAGACCGGGGACCCCGUCGGGCUACAGAACCUGGUCCAGGUGGCGGAAGUGUAUGGGAUCGCCACCGCUAUCGAAAAAUGUUUCGAGAACACCACCUACAACCCAACCGCUCAACAUGCAGCGACGAAAGCUAGCCUACUCUUCAGUUACGCUCGCAGAUGGAUCACGGAUGACAACCAAACCUCCACCGCCUACCGCACCCUCCUGCUCGGCCGCAUUGACUGGGUGCACCAGUACGGCUCCCUCGACAACCCUCACAUCUGCUUGGACCCCUUCACCACGUAUCUCCAACUCGUUUUGCGCACCACGCCCAUGCAGGACUGGCCCGUUGUGGCAGCCGAACGGGACCACCUUUCACCGCUUGGGCUAGCGUGGGAUUGGGCACGUGAUAGCUCCGUACUCACCCCCCGCACCCUCGAAGUCGUCAUGCUCGUGGCAAUCGGGUCCACCGUCGAGCGCAUCAUCGUCACCGCGCCGGAGCAGGCCGCAGAAGCAGCGUGGCAGCCGAGUUUCAGUGAUGCACUACUCGACGACGGUUGCUGGGCCGCAUUUUGUGCUCUCGGCCGGCAGAUGUUCACAAAAGCCCCUCCUCCUUAUUCUCAACUGGACAGCGACACCUUGGAAACCUUGGCGCACACGGCCCAGCUGCUGCGUGAUGCGGGCGGAGAGUAUGCCCAGCUACUACUGGUGGAACAUGACAACCAGUCUGAGGAAGUUCAAGCAGAUAUCCUGAUAGACCGCAUUCGUUUUAGCAACGACCCACACGAUAUCAGUUGA